CUGUGCUUUAAACUAUAAAAAGGAAACCCUAAAAAUAUCUGCAAAUCAUAGACCAAUAGUUAGCAUGGCGGAUUGGCUAAGGAGACGGCGCCAGCGACAACGUCGUAAAAAAACUAAACACCGCAAAACCAAACGAGCAAAGGAUGUUCGUGGAGACUUCAUCAGCUCCAUGCCAGAUGAGAUCCUUCACCAUAUUCUCUCCUUUACCGUCACCAUCUCAGCCAUCAGAACUUCUGUCUUGUCCAGACGAUGGAGGCAUUUAUGGCGCGAGUUAACUUCUCUCUACAUCCAAGACUUUGGACCACAGGCUCGAGGGAUAAAUCAAAUCCUAACUAACUACACAGCUCCCAAAAUCAUGAGCUUCCAUCUUGGUAUCUACAUUGAUGAUCACUCUACUCCUCGGAUUAAUAGCUGGAUAGAGUUCGCUAUGUCCCGCAGGGUGCAGGAUCUGUCAGUGACCUUCUAUAAUCGCAGGAAGUAUAUUUUUCCAGAUUUUUUUUAUCAUAGUUCUUCUAUAAGGCAACUCAGCAUAGAAUUGGGGGAUAGAUAUAUGAUUUCAGGAGUCACAGUCUCUUGGGAAUCCCUAAGGAAUUUGUCACUGCAUAGCUGUCUUAUUAGAGAAGAAUCCAUUGCGAAUAUUAUCGCUGGCUCUCCAAAACUUGAAAGCUUGGCACUGUAUGACUGUGGUGUAUUUCAAUGUCUUGACCUGAGUAAGUCAUUGAGUCUGACAAGAUUGGAAAUAGAGCACCACCGUUGGAAUUCACGACCAACCAAGAUUAUAGCUCCACAUAUCCAUUAUUUGAGAUUGAAAGCCUAUGAUACAUGUAAUUUAGUGGACGUCUCUUCUUUGACUCAAGCUAACCUUGAUAUUGGCGUUAAAGGAAACUUUGAUGUCCUUUUAACCAUGGUGUUGAAGAUGCUAGCAAAAUUACAGAAUGUAGAGAGACUUACCGUUAGUAGAACCGUUCUUCAGAUUCUAUCUGUUGCUGAGAUCCGCCGUUUUCCUUUCCGAGUGCUCAGAGUCCAAACUUUGACUAUUAAAACCAAGUUUGUUCGAUCUGGUAUUCCUGGCACAGCAUGGUUGCUACAAAAUUCACCUGAGUUAAAGAAGCUAAUAGUACACACUACACACGACUGACAAAGACAGCAUGCUGGUAAUAUAUCUAUACCAGAAACCUCUUUUAUCGUUUUAUCUAUGAUAAGACUAAUAAUUAAGUAAGAACAUAAGAGCCAUGCAUUUCUUCCACUUUUUG